UCGGGCACAGUUUGGAGUCUAAUGAUUUGAAUACCCGGCGCCGGACACGCGUUCAGAUCACCUGAAAGACCGCGCGUUUUGUUUAAGUGUCGCCUUGAUUUGUUUUUCUUUCCACGAUAUGGCAGGAAGUCAUACAUGAAAAUGAAAAGUAUCUGGUGACACAUAAUCCCCAUUCGCCCCGCGGCCACCCCUGUAGUCAAAUGGCGCUGUGGCUGGCGAUGUAAGCUGAGCCGCGCUGCUCGUCAGCUCUGUUCACGAUACUGACCGCCGGCCCUGCUGGGGCUCCGGAGCUCUUCUCGUAUCGGGCUACCGUUUGUUCCGACUGCCGUAAUGGACGUUAUGCUUGGAUCGCUUUGAACGCUCGCCCAGUCCGUACUUCACGCAAGCGCACCACCCGACCCGCCUUUGGACAUCUCGGUCACCCGAUUACCUGCGACAGUAACUGAAUGCCUGCACAAAUGAGGGUCCUUCUGAGUCUGAGCCUCUUGUUUUUUGAGAAUGUUAUCCCAAAAUCCGGCAUCCAAGCCAACCUUGCAGUGACCACAGCUGGCCCUUCUACUAAAGGGAUUCCUAUCGUCAGUGGGACUCCUGGCCUGGAAUUCUUCUUUGUAAAUCAAAGCACCUCGUGGGCGACAGCGCAGAACUACUGCCGGACGCACUUCACUGACCUGGCCGUCCUGAAAGGUGAAGACAUGCUGAAUAACGUCUCGUCUGCCUUGUCCCGUCUCAAAGUCCCGAGUGUCUGGUUUGGGCUGACCCGUCAUAACCUCACAUGUUGGACCUGGAUGGACGGGACGCCCUUGGAGGUGGCCAACUGGAUCCCAGGAGAGCCCAAUAACUUCAAUUUGUGCGAGGAGUGUGCGGAGAUGAUAGGCGGCAAAUGGAAUGACAAUUCCUGUGGCGGGUCACUGGUGUUCCUGUGCUACCGAGAUAACACAAGCACAACCGUGAAACCUCCGGAGACGCCAGCUGUGCCACCCUCUCCACCCCUUCCAGCUACAGAUGGGAUCACCGACCCAGAGAUGAAGAGCUGGCCCGAAGCCCGCAGACACUGCCUGAGCCAGCAGAGCGACCUCUUCAGCGUGGCCAACGAGACGAUGCAGGCAGCGCUGAUCGCUGCUGUCCGCGGCCUUUCCGGCGAGGCGGUGUGGAUCGGCCUGCGGAGACACUUGAUGUGGGAGUACUGGUACUGGGUGGACAGUGAGGACCUGGUGCACUACACAAACUGGGACAACGGGAAGCCCAAUGGGACUUAUGGGCAGCUCUGUGGAAUGGCCAUCCUGACAAAGAACUCCAGCUGGGGCAGCCAGUGCUGUGGGAUGAAGCUUCGCUUUGUCUGCCAGUAGCGUGGCCAUUGAGGGUUGGAGUUUAGCAGGCUGUCAUUAUGGUACCCCUCAACUUGAGUGACCUGAAAUCAUGCGAUAGAACUGAUAGGGCAAAUGGCAGUGUAAGGACAGCCAAUCAGAAUCGUCCUGUGAAAGACUACCACAUGACGACAAAGUCUGUGAAAGUGAGACCCCCAUACUCCCUUAUGGAGGACAGCGAGUGGCAAAUCAAAAAGAAUAAAUGAGCCCUUGAUUGGUCGAUGCCUGGCGUCACCUGUCCAGCAGAUCCCCUCCUCUUUGUUAGAAGUCGCCAUUAAGACAAGUAAGCAGAACAGCUGCCAUGCCAUCCUUUUUAUUUUACGUAGCACUGUGGCACAGAUCUUCACACUGCUGCUACACUGGUUCAAAUGCCACCCCUAGUCGCUCUCUCAGUUGCACCUGCCAUCUUGUUUUUAAACCGCUUUCUAAAAUAAACGCUUAUCAGUGGAAUUCA